CGACUGGAGACUGCAAACUGGAGACUAAAGACUGCAGACUGGAGACUGGCAACUGGAAACUGGCGAGUGGGGACUGGCAACUGGAGACUGGAGACUGGAGACUGGAGAUUGGAGACUGGCGACUGGCGAUCGGGGACUGGGAAGUGGAAAGUGGGGACUGGG